AUGAUUCUCACGUCCUCCAUCUUCGCAUCGUCCUUGCUGGCAUCCGUGGCGUGUGCUCACUUCACGCUCGACUACCCGCCCACACGUGGUUUUGACGAGGACAAGGAGCCCACUUUCUGCGGCGGCUUUGACACGGUCAGUGCCCAGCGUCAGCCUGCUCCUCUGAACGGAGCCGCCAUCUGGAUCGACUCGCACCACCCACUUGCUACUGUCGACGCGUUCCUGUCGACUCAGUCCGAUCCUAAGACUUGGGACGACUUCAACUCAACCAUCAAUGGCACAUCGUCCGUUAUGAUGGCGUCCAACUUCUUCCAGGUCGCCAGCGGUGUGUCAUGUUGGAACAUUGACUUCUCUGCCCUCCCUUACAACCUCACCAACGGCUCGCAGAUUACUCUUCAGAUUCAGUACAACGGGGGCGAUAGUCCCCUCUAUCAAUGUACCGACCUGGUCCUUCUCUCGGACUACACUGUGCCUUCCAACUACACCUGCUCAAAGGAUGCUGCCGCCGAGUUUACCAAAACCCGCAGCAGUGGGCCAUCGGUCACUUCUCAGACCGGUGCAGCUUCGUCUCCUGCCUCCACUGUGCGUCCUAACGGUGCAUCCCGUGCCGCCGCCUCUGGUGGCCUGUUUGCUAUGGCUGUUGCCGCUUUGGCCAUCGCACUGUAA